AUGGGUGUCAUAUUCCGUCGUGUGAACGAGGCUCUCUCGAUCAACCCUCCAAGCGGCAGUGAGGAGCUGAGCGUGAACGGCAGCGACUGGUUAUGGGCGGUGACGGCUAUUUACGUUGUCUCUUUCAUUACCUUCUACGCUACCAGCUUCGUAGCUCGAUCUGGCGAGAAGAUCUUCCAUUACCUCUUCACCAUCGCCCUCCUUGUCGGUUCCAUCUCCUACUUCGCCAUUGCUUCUGAUCUCGCCUACGAAGUUGUCCCGGUCACCAACUACAAGCCCACGGCGUCGUGGACACGACAGAUAUUCUGGGCUGAGUACGUCAACUGGGCUGUUAGCUUCCCCGUCGUCACAAUCGCCCUCGGCCUCCUGAGCGGCGUCUCUUGGGCCACUAUCAUUUACAACGUUGCUCUGGCGUGGACCUGGGUCAUCUCUUACCUUGUUUCCGCCUUCACGACUACCAACUACAAAUGGGGCUUCUACGCUUUCGGAACCAUCUCAUGGGUCCUUCUCGCAUUCAGCACCCUCUUCCACGGCACAACUUCCGCCAGGCGCGUCAAUGUUUCCGGUGACCACACCCUUCUUGCGGGAUGGAUCAACCUGCUCUGGCUCCUGUACCCGAUCGCCUGGGGUCUAUCUGACGGCGGUAACCGCAUCGGCGUGACCCCCGGGUACAUCUUCUUCGGCGUUCUGGACGUCCUACUAGUUCCCAUCCUCUCCUUCGCCUUCCUCUUCCUUUCCCGAAGGUGGGACUACAACAGGCUUAACAUCGCCUUCACCCGAUACGGCCGUGUCCCCCAAGCCGGCGAAUUCCCCGAGAAGACGGCUACCGCCCCCGCGGCACCCGUCGUCGGCGAGCAGGCCGCGUAGACAAAUAAAAUAAAUGGAAGUAUGUAUCGGCAUGGACCGCCUAGCGUUGAACGUCGCUUGCAAGUCUCCCGGCCGGUCCUGCGCAUAUGAUACGCUCGAAAAAACUCUUUCUCACCUAACCUCGUUUGGUGUCAACCAUGGUAGGCUGGGCCUGUCACUCUUUACGACUAUAAUGACGGACGAAUCGUAACGACCUGGAUUAAUUGGGAUGCGGGAUCGGUUGCGAAUUGUUAUGAUAUAUUACAUACAUACCUAUAUACCCCUUCGCUCGUUUGGAAAGAUGGAUGGAUGGACUUUAUAUACCCUUCGUAGUAAUAAGUGUGGGUGUUGGGGGUGGUUGGGUUUGGUAGUCAGUCUAUUAAUGCAUAAUGGUGGUAGUCGAGAUUAAUAAAUACCCCUUCGCUGUUCGGUAUGGAUAUUAUUUGGUGUUGUCUUAUAUCAUAUGAGAACUUCAAUCGUGGAUAUGGUAUCUAUUGAUCCUUUCACUAGAGGUUCUAUUGUUUUCAUAUCUAUUUAUAGUAUUGUUACACUGUUG